CUAGAUAGUAUAAAAUCAAAAUGAUAAACUAGUCAAGAUUUACUUCUGGAUCUAGAUAGUAGAUCUAGAAUCAAGAUCUGUAUCUUGACUAGACGUCUAGAUUUAGAUCUACUCAAGAUCUAGGUCUAGAUAGAUACUUCUGACUUCAUAAUUAUUAAAGGGGCAUCACAAGGAGCUGCCGCACUGGGCAUCAUAUACCCAAACUACGCCACUGUAGCCAAGCCAAGUUAAGGUGUACUUAGCCUCUCAACCACGCAGCUAGUCUAGCAGUUUCCAGUUAGAUUUUUGACUGCAUACUAAGUGCUGACCAAGAUUUGUGCUAUGAAAAUGAGCUCAACAAAUGUGUUAAUUUACCACUGUUGGCUAUGUUCUGAAGAAUUUAAGGAUAAACUUGGCAUUCUCAAACAUAUCAAGGCAAACCAUAAAGACAGGCCAGAACUGAUUGACAUAGAGAAGAAAAUGAAAGUUCCACUAUGUUUAGAAUGUGGUUCAACACAGAGCUGUGAACACAAACAAGACACAGUGACUGAAGCAAAUGAACAAGAUGAAGAAGAUGAUGAUGUGGAUGACCCUAACACUGUGUCCAAACCACGUUUGAUCAACUGUGUGACAUGCACCAAAUCCUUCACAGUCCCAGAUUCACUCCACAAACAUCGCAUGAUAGAACAUCCUACUGAGAAAGCCUUCCAAUGCAUAUUUUGUCCUAAUGUUUAUUCUGAGAGGACUGAGUUGGUUGCACACAAGCUAAUUCACAGUGGAAACAGACCUUACAUAUGCACUAUAUGUGGAAAUAGAUUUCCAAAAUGUUCAGAUUUAAAGAGACAUUCUAUAAUCCAUACCAGAUUAAAACCAUUUCACUGUGCCCAGUGUGACAAAUGUUUCACUCAAAAGUCUAGCUUAGAGAAACAUGCCAAAAUUCAUGCUAAACACUCUGGAGGUCACCCAUGUCUACUGUGCGGCCUUGUCUUUAAUGAGUUGACCCAGUUGAUUGAUCACAGCCAAUCUAAUCAUGCAGACAUCAGCUUCUGUUGUAAAAUUUGUGGGAAAAUGUACUCUGAGGAAAGGCAUUUGGUCCAUCAUGAGAAAAACCAUUCUAUGGUCAAGCCUUAUGCCUGCAGUUAUUGUGACAGACGAUUCUCAAUUGAAUCUUUACUUAUCAAACAUGAAGAGAAAAUGCAUACAAGUAAAAAAGAUAUCAUUUGUGAUGUUUGUGGGAAAGUUUUCAAAAGAAUGGAUAAUCUUAAUAGACAUAAGGUUUCUCAUACAGGUGUCAAAAGUCACAUCUGCCCCCAUUGUGGCAUUUCUUUUACAGAGAAAGGAUCAUUGACACGACAUAUCAAAGCUCAACAUGAUCUCAUUCGUCCUCAUACAUGUCAAACGUGUGGGAGAAGCUUCACUCGUAAAACACUACUACGUAAACAUGUUGAUAGAUGUCAUGGAGUGAAACAACCUGCUGCAGACGUUGAAGAUAAAACUCUCUAUUUCAAGUGCAAACUAUGCAACAAGCAUUUGAGGAUAUCUGGCAAAAGACAACACAUUAAACUACACAAAAUGAAAGGUGAAAACUAUGAUGAUGACAUUGUGGAUGAUGAUACUAAAGACAAUGAUGUCAGUUUAGAAGAUAAACUUGAUCAAUACUCCCACCUUCAAUUACCUUUUUAUUAAUAUUUAAAUGGCUUCAUAACUGUUGUAGCUUUUUUUUCCUUCUAACUAUUGUGUCUUUGUUUCCUUUUUUGAAUUUCUGGAUUAAGACUGAAUAUUUUGAAUAGAAUAACAAGUAAAAUAUACAAAAAUACUUUUUUUUUUAAAGACAAUUUUUCCUUUAUAUAUCUUAUAGAGCAAUUAUUUUGCUCUUAAUAACCAAUGAAUGUUAGAUUUAAAAACAAUAACAGAGGAACAAUAUUUACUCCGCACAACCUCCCCCACCUGAGAAAAAGCAAAUGUAGAAAUCUAGUAAAGUUUAUACAAUUCUAAUGUUAGGCCUACAUAUCUAGACUUAGAAGACGGUGCACAAAGUGUUCCUGAACGUUUUUUAAUGUAUCAAACUCUAAAAAACCCAAAGAUAUAGUCUCUUCAAGAUAAAGAGUGUCUAGUCCUCUAGCCAAAUUUAUAUUAAUUUUUUUUUUAUACUUUGAAAAAAUAUAAUGGUGAAACUAGAGUUUUUCAGUGUGGUCAAAAAGCUGGUGAUUUUUUUAAUCUUUUUCACUAAAGACUUAUCUUCAACUGUCAAAGCAAGAUUGCUUGAGGUGUUUUUGAUAACCAUUUUCACAGCACCCCCACCCCCAAGGUUUUUGAGCCCAUGAAUUUGCAGUUAGCUAGCUAAAUAGAGGAAUUGUAAUAACUCACAUGGGGGGGAUUCAAUAUUUAAUAUCUGCUUCAGUACCAAACAAAUCACUAGUUCUAAAGAUGUUCUUAAUAUAACUCUAUUCAAUGAUCAUUGCAUUAGGGAAAUACAAUGUACUAUUCAAAUUUCACAAUUGUUUAUGCACACUUUCAUAAUUGUAUAAAACAAAUGAACAUUUAAAGUUGUAUUCUGACAUCUUUUUGAAAUAGUUGACAACAAUAGUAUAUUGUACAUCAGAGAAAACAGUAGAUCUAUCUAGUUAUCCUGGGUUAUUUAAAUAAUACUAAAGCAUGUCUUCAAGUCAGAAGAUGAAGUAGAGGACAGUGUUUCACAUAGCAAUGAAGCCCAAGCUGUCGUCAACAUAUUUUUCCACAUCCAGUGCUAACUGUUGUUACACAGAUAGCCGGUGGUUGAUUUAGGCUCUUUCCGCAAUCUGUCCUUGGCAGUAGAUUUUCUUUUGGUCUCAGAUGUGUAUUCAGCUGCCUUCACAAGAGAUCUCCAGUUGUCUCGCUGCCUGCUUUCAGGUGCUCUUCUGUUUGUUAAAGCAAGCUGUUGCCUAAGCUUGUCUUUAAAACGAUUUUAUGGGACAUGCUGUUACAGCGACCACCAUCCAGUCACUGUGAAAAAGAUUGCUUUUGGCUUACUGUCAUCCCCCAUACCCUAUUGCUGGAAUGCAUCUAAAAGUAUAACUAGCCAGACAGUUAUCUCAAAAGUAAUGGGAUACUGUGCUUCCUAGGGUUGAUAGUUUCAAUUUCUUGGUUACUCUUAAGAAAAAAAACAACAAAUUUAAAUGUCCUCUCAAAGUAAUCUGCCAAACUUAUUCAUAAAAGGGCUCUUGAAACAAUAUUUGUAGCAAUCCCAAAUGAAUCUUUUCUAAAUCAUUAAGCUCAAAACAAAGUUUUAUUUUAUUGAUUAAACUCAAGGCUGAUAUGUUUAGUAUGACUUUAGUAUGAUGGUGUCUUUUUUUAUAAUGAACUUUUCAAAACUGUAUAAAAAUUGUGAAAUUAUAUGUAAUAAAAUAUGUUGUAUAGAUAGGCCUUC